AUGUUAUCAUCAAAUUUCCAAACAGACUGUCAAAUAUCUACAGGUAUUCGAUGUAUAAAUUGUAACAUCAGUAUUUCUGAUGUUACUUGGAAACAAUGUAAAAUAUGCAGGAAAUUUCCUUUAUGUAAUGUAUGUGAUACAUAUCCUUACAAUAAAUUAGAAGAUACAGUUCGUAAGAAACAUUCACAAAUACAUGAAAAUCUUGCUGAUAAAAAUCCAAUAACAAGUGAUUGUAUGUACUCAAUAUCGAUUGCAGAUACUUCAAUAGAUUUUGGAAAAGUAACUGAAAAAUUUUUGUAUGUACUUGAAGAGAAAAAAAUUCGAAAUGAUGAAGAUAUGUAUUAUGUUUUAACAAAAUUAAAACAUAUGCAAAAUCAAUCAUUAACAGAUGGUGAUUCGGAAUUAAAACAACAAUUAGGUUCAAUGAUUAUUGAUUAUCAUAUGCGAGCAUAUGAUAGAAUACUUCGUAUAUUAUGUUGUGAUGGAGGAGGUUGUCGUGGUUAUAUGUCUGUAAAAGUUCUUCAACAUUUAAUACAAGAAAAAUAUCUUAAAGAUAUUGAAAAAUUGAAUCCUAAAAAUUUAGAACAUAAAGAAAGAUUUCAUCAAGCUCAAAUAAAGUUUUGUAAUUCAUUUGAUUAUUUUGCUGGUACAAGUACAGGUGCAUUAAUUGCUUUUUCUAUGGCGGUUAAUUAUAAUAUGUUAGAUGUCAAAGAUAUUUAUAUACGAGCACCAUAUUAUUUCAAUAAAAAUUAUAUGGGACCUUUAUUUUCAUCAAAAUAUGAUCCUUCUCGUCUACAUAAUGUAAUUGAUCAAGUUAUUGAAUCAAUUACAUUGAAAAAUGGUAAAAAAUUAUCAGCACAAAAUGCAACUUUACUUGAUAUACAUAAUUAUUUAAAUCCUGAUGCUUGUAUUCCUGAUGAUGUAUUAAAAACAAAUCUAACACGUCGUUCUAAUCUAUUAGAAUAUCUUGAUGAUGAUGAUGACACACCCAUUAUUACGAAUUCAUCUAAUAAAUGUGAUUAUGUUAGACGACAAAGAGUUUUACUUAUUAAUUCUUAUAAUGCAACACAAAAUAGGGCGACUAUAUUUAAUACAAGUUAUGCUAAACAUUGGGGUUAUCGUAUUGCUGAUGUAUUAAGAGCAACAAUGGCUGCACCAACUUAUUUUCCACCUCAACCAGUAUCAACUGGAAUAAUAGAAAAUGGUCGUUUUAUAUCGAAUGAAGUAACGCCUGAAAUAUUUAUUGAUGGUGGUCUUUUUGCUAAUGAUCCAGAAUUAAUGGCAUUGUGGGCUAUACGAAUGCAAUGGAAAAAAUUAGUAAAUUAUCAUAUACUAUCCGUUGGUACAUGUGAUUAUAAUACACCAAUAUCAUUAUCAGAUGGUACUGGUAUUAUUGGAUGGAUGAUGCAUGACGGGCAAUUAAUAAAUACAUUGAUGACUGCUACAUGUAGUUUAACUGAAAUAAUUUCAAAUAAUGUAGCAAAAUCUAGUACAGUUAAACGAAUGAAAUUUAAUUAUAAAUUAAAAACAGAUAUCGCAAUGGAUAAUACAGAUUUUCCAAAAAUCUUUGAUAAAGAAUGGGACAAAUUAAAACAGGCAGAAGAUCUUAAAGCAUUAAUAUAUUUCUAUGAUACUUAUAUUCAUACCGACAAGAAUUCAUGA